UAUAGCAAUGUUUUUAUUCUAGCAUUAUUUAUUUUUUAAUAUUCAAGAUGAUUCCUGAAGAUAUUCAAUUUAUGAUAGACAAAAUCUGUCGAUCUUGCAUGUGUGAAAGUGAUGAAAUGCAAAAUGUAUUUAAGAAAAGUGCAGGAUCGUCAGAAGAACCAAUGCUUCUAUCAGAUAUGCUCAUGGCUUGCGCCUCUGUAGAGGUAGCAGAAGGUGAUGGUUUACCUUAUUUACUUUGCUUAACAUGUGAGAACAAACUAAGUACAGCAUUUGAAUUUAAACAACAGUGUGAGAGAUCUGACUCGGCUUUAAGGGAAAUUGCAAAUCAAGAUGGUAAAUCAAAAAGAGAAGAAAAUAUUAUUGUGCAACCUGAUGUUCAUGAAGGCUUAUUUGAAGAGGAUGAAGAUGAUUUACCUUUGGCCAAAAGGUUUAAACAAGAUGUUACUGAGUUAACUUGUUCAUAUUGUUUAAAGGUUUUUAGUAAUAAAAGAGGAUUGCGAAUACAUAUUAGACAACAUACUGGUGAUGGAAUGAGGUACUGUCCAUUAUGUUCUUCAAAAUAUACCCGUACAAAUCAUUUAGUGAGACAUAUGAAAAAACAUGAUAAAUCAGGACAUAAGAAAAAAUGUAAGAUAUGUUCUGAAAAAUUUUCCAUAACAAUGGAUUUAUUUAAUCAUAUGAAAAUGCAUAUAGAGGAGGUGGAAAAGAAACAUAAAAUAGACCUUGAUAGAGAUAUUAUAUUAGAAAUUAAAUCGGAAAAAUAUGAGACAGUAAGUAAUGAUCAAAAUAACUUGGAUGGAGAUACACCAUGUGAGCAAAAUGAAUUUACUGAAGAAGUUAUAACUAAAGAGGAUGGUGAUAUUUUUGAACAAAAAGCUAUAACAAAGGAUGAUGAUUCUGCAGAUCUCCUACCUCUCAGUCAGUUUCCAUUCAGUGAUGAUGACGUUGAUAGAGAUAAUAAUGAUGUUGAGAAUUAUUCUUCGGAGAGCAAAAAUGAUUGUUUUGCUGAACAACCAAAGCGGAAAAGAGGCAGACCAAGAAAGAAGGAACCUACUACUUUAUAUGAAUGUAAGGAAUGCAGUAAAGUACUUACUACAUACUAUGGACUUAGAGUUCAUAUGAGAAAACACACAGGUGCAGAAUUAGCAAGCUGUAACGUAGAUCAUUGUGAUAAAUCUUUUACCAAAAAGAGCCAUCUUAAUAGACAUUUACGAGCACACGGUAUCUUUAAUGGAAAAAAUAAAUUAAAGGGAGAGAAAAAGGUCAGAGAAUGUGAAUUUUGUGAUAGAAAGUUUAAGUAUAGAAAAAGUUAUGUGCAUCACAUGCAAGCAGAGCAUGGUAUGUCUGACAUUGAAUUUGAACUGGAGAAGGAUAAUUUAGGAAAUACUACAAGCCAAAGUAAUGUAAAAAGUGAAGAAGCAAAUGAUGAGAAUAAUUGUCAAACAAAUGAUGAAAAUUGUCAAGCAAAUGGAGAGGAGCAGCCAUUGGAUGAAAAUUUACCAAAACUAGAUGGACUAGAGGAAUUUGAUGUUACAGUCAUUGACGAAAUUGAUGGAACGUCUAAAAAUAAAGUCCAUGUAUGUCACGUGUGUGAAGCUCAGUUUGCCAGGGCUAAUCAUCUCACAAGGCACAUGACGCUUCAUAGAUCUGUACUAACUCAUAAGUGUGAUCGCUGUGAUCAGGCCUUUUUCACUGAAGAUCUUCUAAAGCAACAUAUAGAACAACAACAUAUUAAUAAACCGUAUGUCUGUACUACGUGUAAUAAACCGUUUAGUAGAGGCGAGCAUUUGAUCCGUCAUUUGAAGUUACAUGAAGCUCUGACAGAUGAAGGCCAACACAAAUGUUCGAUUUGUGAAACUCUGUUUGCAAGGUCUGACCUUUUAGCAAGGCAUACGAAAACGCAUCUAAUGCAAGACAAAAGACACGUUUGCAUGGAGUGCGGGAAAGCUUUUAAUAGAUUAGAUAAUUUAAAAACGCACCAAAGGAUACAUACAGGAUUAAAGGAUAAUUCAAAACUGCAUUUAUGUGUAUAUUGUGGUAAAGAAUUUAAUAAUUCGAGUAAUAUGAUUGUUCAUAUGAGGAGACAUACAGGAGAAAGGCCGUAUAAGUGUAAUGUGUGUGGGAAAGGUUUCCCACGAUCGCACGACCUUAAAUGUCACGAGAGAACUCACUCUGGUGAAAAGCCUUACUUGUGUACUUUGUGCGGCAAGUCUUUCAAUAAAAGUAAUAAACUGCUCAGGCACAGUAGAGUUCAUACUGGUGAAAGACCGUACGUGUGUAAUAUUUGCGGUAGGGCGUUUACGCAAUCUAACGAUUUAGCCUUGCACAUGCGCAGACAUACGGGAGCUAGGCCUUACGCUUGCGGUGUUUGUCCUGCAAGAUUUAUCCAAUCGGGUCAGUUGAAGAAUCAUCGCAGAGCCACUGGUCAUUGGAUGGAGACGCUGCCAGAUUUGAAAGGCGGUCACAGAGUGGAACCUGUAACUACUACAGUUGAACCAAUGCCCAUUAAAUUUAAGACGUUCGGAAAGAACCGAGCCGUCAAACUCGAAGACGAAGCGGUGCAAGUACAGCAUCUCCUUCAAACGCAAGAAAUCGAACAGAGAGUGGAUGCGCAGUCGCAACUUUCGCAGUUACAGUCCCAACCUCAAAGAAUACUUAUGGGCAUCAUGGGCGACAUCAAGAUACAAAGCGAGGUCCAACCGUUGAUUAUCGAUUGUAACAAAUUAGUCCAAAUACCGGGUAGUGCGCUGUCACUCGUAACGCUGCAAGGCGCGAACGGCGAGGAAAUUAAACUAAAAACUGAGAUAGGUAGUUUCAACUUGGGGCAGGUAAAUGACGGCCUGGACAAGCAUAAGGUGGUGACGACAUCCGACACCUUCGACGAAGGCGAUGCGGCAGUCGCGUUUUCUACAGUACAAAGUUCAACGACGUAUACCUCAGCGGAAAGUUUUGCGUACCAGACUUUUAAUAAUAUUUAAUUUGAUCUCAGCAGAAAAUUAUUUGUAGGAAAAUUUAGACGUGUAAGCUAUAGACUUAUAGUCCGUACAGGGGUAUUCCAUAAAGUUUGAUGGGAAACAAAUGGGAAAAAUUAUAUUAAUAUAUAAUAGUUAUUGGCAUCAAAAAAUAUAUUUUUUACAAUAUGUCAUGCAACAAUGGUCAUGGCUGGCGAAUUACAAAAUUGUCUUAUAUGCAAGAAGUGGGGUUAGGUGACAAAACAUCUAAACAAGUCAAAAACAAAAGUUGUUCAGAAUUUAAUUCUACUUGUAUAUAUGUCGCAGGCGCAUAGAAUAAUCCGGCUUUUUGCAAAAAGACUAGGCAUAUUAUAAAACGCCGGCCUUUUAAACAAAAGAAAGAAUUUUUACAAAAAGCCUAUCUAUUUUCAGUCGCUUUGCAAAAUGCCUAAUCAGAAUUAGGCAUAUUAAACAAUGACGAUAUUUUCUGUACACUUCUGCAAAAAUAUUGUUUUCAGUCGUUUUACAAAAUGCCAAAUCGAGGCCAGGCACUCCAGGCAGAUUAAUAAAAAUGAUCAAAAUUUACUCAGCUAUGAGCAAUAAGCAUAUUGAAUAAUUUAUGCUUAAUAAAAAUACCACAUAUUUUCCUAUACAAAAACAAUAAUUUAUUCAUAAAUUAUAAUAAGUAACAUAAUUUUAAAUAAAAAUAUAUUAAAACCUUAAUAUCAAUAUCUCGUUUAAUUAUUUAUUAUACUCUGUAAUUUGAUUCUGUGUGGCUGCCUCUUUGUGGAAUUUUGCUGUCUUUUUUUGGAACUUUUAUUCUUUUAGGAUAAAAUGAAUUUAGAUCCUUAUAAUAAUCGUUCUUAACCAUACUCCAUUUAACAGAUUUAUCACUUUUUGUGCCAUUAUUGGGUUGGAUAAAUUUAGGUUAGUUUUACCCUUGUUUAUAUAUUAAUAGUUAGUCAAUGUGCCUGUAUAAGUCGAUGCUGCCAACUGGUGGCAGAAAUUAAAACGUAAAAAGGGGCGGAGACUAUUGAAUUUGACAAAGAAGUAGGGAGUAGGAAUUCUUCGAAUUUAAUUCUCGGUAAAGAAUAAAAUAUCUUAUCUGAUUCGAACCGAAUUUAUACCUCAAAGCGUUAUUUACAUUUUUUUAUUUUUGGACAUGGAUUUAUAUUUAUUUUGAUUUUCAUGGCCACUUGUUGUAAGCUAAAAU